AUGCCUGAAUACAUAAACGUUGAAAAGCCAUUUCUAGCUAAGCUAUCUCAAUUAGGCUGGCAAGUUAUCGAUCAAGGCCUGGGUGUCCCUCAAGAUGCAAGCAAAAGCCUGCGCAAUAACUUUAAAGAAGUUGUCUUGCCUGGCGAGUUUAAGAAAUCGAUUAAAAAGAUCAACCUUACAACCGAUGGUAAAGAAUGGCUUACAGAGAAACAAUUGGAUGAAGUACUUUUCGAGUUGCAAAACUUUCCGGGCAAAAGUCUGCACGAAGCCAAUAAAGAGAUUCACCGUUUAUUGCUGAAAGGAACGAGUGUCGCAAAGAAUGAGCUGACCGGCGAGCAAAAUCCUACCGUUCGCCUGGUUGAUUUUAAGAAGCACGACAACAAUUCGUUCAUCGCUAUCAAUCAAUUCCGCUUGUUAACGCCGGAUAAUAGCAGAACCGGCAUUAUCCCGGAUAUUGUCUUGUUCUUAAAUGGGCUGCCGGUGGUAGUAGUAGAAGCCAAAGACUUUGAUGUAGCCGAGCCGCUGAGCGAAGCCUUUAUACAGGUAAGCCGCUACGCCAACACUCGGCAGGAUGACUAUGGCUUUAAAGAAGGUGAAGAGCGUUUGUUCCACUACAACAUCUUUAGCAUUAUCACGCACGGCCGUGAAGCGAGGGCAGGAACGAUCAGCGCCGAAUUUGAUUUCUAUAAUAACUGGGUGGACAUCUUCCCCGAAGAGUACCGCACCAUUCAGAUAUACCCUGACGAAGAGCGACAAGAAGUAUUGAUAGCAGGUAUGCUGAACAAAGAGAUCCUCGUUGAUCUCUUAAAGCACUACACGCUGUUCAUGGAAAUUAAGAAGGGUGUUGAGGUGAAGACGGUAGCACGCUACAAUCAGUACCGGGCUGUAGGUAAAAUAAUAAAGAAUUAUAGGGCUGGAAAUACACCACUUGAAAAAGGUGGCGUGGUUUGGCAUACGCAAGGCAGUGGCAAAAGCCUGACAAUGGUUUUCCUGAUUCGGAAACUAAGAAGCUGUGAUGACCUAAAAGAUCUAAAGGUGAUCUUCAUCGUUGACCGAACCGACCUGGAAGAUCAGCUAUCGGAAACGGCAGCAUUAACCGGCGAGCCGGUCCAUGUAAUUGAUAGAAGGAACAGCCUUUACAAGUUGAGUGAUGACACCGGAGAUGUGAACAUGGUUAUGAUCCAUAAAUUCCUGGACGAAACAAGCGUGUCUGCGCAAUCGCUUAUUGAUGCAGGAUUAGUGCCCAAGUUUGAGAAAUUUGAAACCAUCAAUAACAGUGACCGUAUUCUAUUACUGAUCGACGAAGCGCACCGGACGCAGGGUGGUGAUAUGGGCGACAAUCUUUUUUCUGCCUUUCCUAAAGCAGUACGCGUAGGAUUUACCGGCACUCCAUUACUUACAGAGCGCCAUGAAAUAAAGACCCAUGAGCGUUUCGGUGGCUUUAUUGACUUUUACAAAUUUGAUACAGCUGUUGCAGACCGCGCGACGGUUGAGAUUAAGUACAUCGGAAAAGUGUCGAAAGAUAAGCUGGACGACAAGGAAGUCUUUGACGCAGAGUUUGAGGAUAUGUUCCAGCAACGAACAGAAGCGGAGAAAGAGGAAAUACAAAGACGGUACGGUUCCCUGAUCGCCUAUUUAGAAUCUAAAGAACGAAUUGCUACCAUUGCUAAAGAUAUUGUGGAGCAUUAUUACAAUGACAUUUUAGUAAACGGCUUUAAAGCGCAAGUAGUGGCUUCAAGCAUCGUAGCGGCGGUACGAUAUAAGUACGAGAUCGAGCUUGCUAUCCAGUCGAAGAUUGCUGUAAUUAAAGCUUCACCCGCAGAAGAUCAGGAUCAAGAACUGCUCAAGCAACUUGAAUUCUUAAAAGUGGCCGCAGUUGUUUCUAGUAUCGGGAACAAUGAGCCGGGAUAUAUUAGUAAGGCUAGGAGAGAAGCUUUGGACACGAACGCCAUUGAAAAUUUUAAAGCAGACUACAAUUAUGAAAAGCCAUUGACUGGUAUCGGCAUCAUUUGCGUUUGCGAUCGUUUGCUUACUGGCUUUGAUGCACCUAUUGAACAGGUAAUGUAUCUUGAUAAAAGUCUGAAAGAGCACGAUUUAUUCCAGGCCAUUACAAGAGUAAACAGAACCAAACGCGGUAAAUCUUUUGGUUUGAUCGUGGACUAUUUUGGUGUUACUAAACACCUCGGCGAGGCAUUGGCCAUCUACACAGAUAAAGAUAAAAAGAGCUUAAACACUUUCCUGGAAGUAUUCAGAGAUAUUAACAAGGAAAUUCCGGUACUGGAAGCACGCUAUAAGCGGUUACUUGAUCUAUUUAUUGAUAAUGGAUUAAAGGAUAUCAGCCCAUUUUUGCAACAAACAUUCACCGAUACCGCAAAAGAAUUUGAUUUUGCGGAGGCGUGUAUUGAGCAAGCAAAGAACAUUAAAUUCCGGGCAGAACUGCUCACUUACACAAAGAGUUUCUUUGACAGCUUAGACUUGCUGUUUAAUGUGCAGGCCGGUACAGAAUACUGGAUUCCCGCAAAGCGAUUGGGCUAUCUAUUAUGGCGAAUCAAAGAGCGCUAUAAAGAUGAAACUAUGGACUUAAAGUGGGCUUCUGAAAAAGUGCGCAAGUUGAUUGAUCGACAUUUACUUUCCCUUGGCAUUGACACAAAAGUUCAGCAGGUUUCUAUUUUGUCUGAUGAAUUCAGGAACAGAGUUGACUAUCUGAAUCAUACGCCAAAAUCAAAAGCAUCGGAAAUGGAGCAUGCAAUACGCUGGCAUAUCAAAGUAAAUCUAGACAAAGACCCCGCUCUUUAUGGCCGAUUCAAAGAUCGUCUUGAGAUGAUUCUCAAUGCAUACAAAGAAAAAUGGGGAGGAGAUUGUAAAGGAACUCAGUAA